GGAAUUUAGGGCAGGAGAAAGGGGGCGAUGGAAGGAAUCUUUCGCUCUAGCAGCAGCGAUCGCGCGUCACUGGCCAAGACGAAGAUCGUGUGCACGCUAGGCCCCAAGUCUCGCGAGAUCCCCAUUCUCGAGAAUCUCCUGCGCGCCGGCAUGAAUGUGGCGCGCUUCAAUUUCUCGCACGGAUCUCACGACUACCACCGCGAAACGGUCAGCAAUCUCCGCGCGGCGAUGGCCAGCACGAAGAUCCUGUGCGCCGUGAUGCUCGACACGAAGGGGCCAGAGAUUCGCACUGGAAUGCUCAAGGAUGGAGCUCCAAUCCAGCUGAAAGAGGGGAAUGUCAUCACGAUCACCACGGACUACAGCAUCCAGGGCAACGAGACGACGAUCGCGAUGAGCUACAAGCGGCUCGCGGAGGAUCUAGCUCCAGGGAACGUGAUCCUCUGCGCCGACGGCACGAUCACGUUCACGGUGGUCUCCUGCGAUCCAAGCGCCGGGACGAUCGUGUGCCGCUGCGAGAACACGGCUGUUCUUGGCGAGAGGAAGAACGUCAAUCUCCCAGGCGUCGUCGUGGAUCUUCCAACCGUGACCGAGAAGGACGUGAAGGACAUCCUGGAGUGGGGCAUUCCCAAUAGCAUCGAUUUCAUCGCUCUCUCCUUCGUCCGCAAGGCCCAGGAUCUGAUCAACGUGAGGAAGCUCUUGAGCGAUCAUCACCCCACCGCGGCAAGAACAAUCCAGAUCAUCUCCAAGAUCGAGAACCAGGAAGGACUGGUGAACUUCGACGAGAUCCUCCGUGAGUCGGACGCGAUCAUGGUGGCCAGGGGCGAUCUCGGCAUGGAGAUCCCAACGGAGAAGAUCUUCCUGGCGCAGAAGAUGAUGAUCUACAAGUGCAACGCCGCUGGAAAGCCCGUGAUCACCGCGACGCAGAUGCUAGAAUCCAUGAUCAAGUGCCCGAGACCCACGAGAGCCGAGGCCACGGACGUCGCCAACGCAGUCCUCGACGGCACCGACGCGGUGAUGCUCAGCGGUGAGACCGCCGCGGGGCUCUAUCCGGAGCUCGCGGUAGCAACCAUGGCCAAGAUCUGCGUCGAGGCCGAGAACUCGCUCGACUACCCGGCCAUCUUCAAGGCGAUCAUGGAUCAAUCGCUACUGCCGCUCAGCCCGCUCGAGAGCCUGGCUUCCACGGCGGUCCAGACGGCCAAGGAGGUGAAAGCUUCGCUCAUCGUGGUGCUGACGCGGGGUGGUACCACGGCGAAGCUGGUAGCGAAGUAUCGACCAAUGGUACCGGUUCUAUCGAUCGCGGUGCCGGUGGUGAGGACGGAUAGCUUGACGUGGUGGUGGAGUAGCGAGUCUCCGGCGCGGCAUAGCUUGGUGGUGAGGGGAUUGGUGCCAUUGCUAGCGCAAGGAGACUGGAAGGCAACGGAGGCGGAGUCUUGCGAGGAGAUUUUUGGGGCGGCGGUGAAGUAUGCUGUGGAGAGGAAGAUGUGCCGAGCUGGGGAAUCGAUUAUAGCGCUCCAGAGGAUUGGGGAUGCUGCGGUGAUCAAGAUCAUUGCAGUGUGAUUGAUGGAAGAGAACUAUUGAGUCAACGAUAUA